AUGCCAGCCUCUGCAGCCGUCACAAUCCCGAUUGCUGUUGCCUUCAGACAGCCACCCCUCUCUGUCAUUCUCGCUCCUGGCACAUGGCUGCCACACACAAAUUCCUCUGGUUGUUAUUAUCUGAACACUCAACCGUGUCUGUGUGGCUCCUCAGGGUAUUCUGGGCUAGACCCCAGACUACCUCAGGAUUUUGUUCCGACCAUGGCCAAUGAUCCAAUCCCCUUCUACCAGGAAUACAUGAGCUGGAGUGAUCAAUCGACGAGUGAUUUCGCACUAUGGGCAGACUCUACGGAGGAAGCUCAUGAAAAAGACCUGUCAACAACAUCGAACCGAAUCGACGACGAUGUGUCUAAACUACCGGAACAUCAAGCACCCGAACAUGACGAUGAUCUUAUGAAUUGGCAGGUUUAA